GACAGAAGGAAGGUGCUGAUAAGCUCAAGAGGAUGGGGAACUAUCUGCAGAGGACCGACGGUCGUAGGUGGCAGCUGGACAUUCACGAGACACCUCAUAAUCAGAGACUCCAAAAUGCCAAGCAGAGGACACGCAGGUACUUCAGGUGCUGGAGCUGUCACAUUGUUGAAGGGUGUUCCUGCUUUCCCUGGAAAAACAUAACCACAUUUAAAGCCAGGAAAGAUUCCCAGAAGCAAGAUGAAGGGAUGACUUCUGUCUCUAUCCAGGACAGUGCUAACCAGACCUACACAGAGGAGCUAUGCUACAUCUUUGUCAAUCACAAGGCCCUCAGGAGAAGGCCAUCCGGAAACUCUGCUGAGGGGCACUAUGAGAAUGUCUCCUGCAAAACUGAGAGGCCUGGGGAGUCUUUGAAAGGAACUGAGACUGAGUAUUCAGUUCUCCGUGUGCCUUCCACCCCUUGGUCCCCACCUUCCCCAGAAGAUGAAUAUGAGCUUCUGGUGCCUAUGCCUAGCAGAUUCUCCUCACAUGCUCCACAACAGCCACGGUCACUUACAGCCCCUUUUGAGACUCACUUUUCCUAUUUACGAUGAUGCGACUGGGCUAGAGUUUGUUUUGGACAGGCAGAUGAAAGUAAGGAUCAGGGGUAUCAGCUGGAGCAGGACUGGGGCGCACAGCUCCCUUACUUUUUUCUUUUAGAGUCUCAGCAGGACAGAUUGCAAACCACAAGGUCUUUUAGAGCCUGUCAAUAGCCCAUAUCCCCAAAUCAAUCAAUUAUCUUGAAUACCCUAUUUGAAAAUAAAUCUUUGCUUCUAAUUGGUAUUAAAAAUACUCUGUGGAAGGAAAGACUCCCUGAUCACUUACCCUGGGUGUAUCAUAAAAGGUUCUGCUCUUCCCUCUGAGUCCUUCUGAAUUUUCCCUAUGAUUGUACUGUGAAGUCCAAGGAAGCAUCAAGUGUCCCUGAGAGGGAGUUCACUCAUCACCCUGAACUCCCAGCUCAGCCCCACUGGCCAUGGGAGCCUGUGGAACUCUUACUCUAUGUCCCUAAGAUGUCAUUUACUCUGUCCUUUGACUCAUGGCCCCAUGACUUGGAAUUUCCAGUACCUCUAUUAAGAUCAUUUUAAUUACAUAUUUUUUAAUUUUGUAUUUCUCCUCAUAAUUUUUUUCUUUUUUGGAGGAGGGAAUUACUCCAUGCUAGACAAGUGAUCUACCACUAAGCUGUACCCCAAACCCCUCUAUACAUCUCAACAGGACAAUCAUAGUAUCAGAGACUGAUGUGGCAAAAAGACCUUUGGAGAUCCUUUAAUCCCACUAUCUCCUUUUUGCAACUGAGAGAAAAG